CCGUACCUGACCUCACAUCCUACAGCAAUUGCUCGGCUCUCUCAGCGCCCCAAGAAUUGUCGUCUUCAAUCAUGCCACCGCAGACAUACUUCCUCGUCUCGCUUCCUACCUCGAUCUCGCCUUCAGACUCCCGCGAUGAAGCCCUCACCACAUUGCGGUCUGCAGUAUCGACAGACCAGGGCACAACAUAUCCCUUUGCCAUUCCCGAAUUCAAAAUCGGCACACUAGAUGCGCUGGUGCAACAGGCGGACGAGCUGGUGAAGCUGGAACAGGGAUGCAAGGGCGUGGUGGAUAAAGUGGCAGACUCAUUACGAUCAUUGCUCGAGGGGGAUGAGGAAAAGCUGCAGGAACAAAAGGUCGUCAAUGACAAACCUGUCGAGAACUACCUGCAGUCCUUCCAAUGGAACAAGGUCAAAUACCGCGCCGACAAGCCUAUAGCUGAAUUGGUGGACAGCCUGCAGAAAGAAGUUGCCGCAAUAGACAACGACGUGAAAGCCAAAUUCAGCCAGUACAACCAGACCAAGACAAAUCUUGCCUCUCUUCAGCGAUCGCAGACUGGCAACCUCUCGCAAAAGUCGCUCAAUGCCGUGGUGAAUCCAGACACACUCCUCAAACCAGACCAGUCCGAAUAUCUUCAACAGCACCUUGUCGCGGUACCUACUUCGUUUGUCAAGGAUUUCCUCAAGACUUACGAGUCAAUAUCACCUAUGGUUGUCCCCAGAUCGGCGCAAAUCCUAGCAAAAGACGACGAGUUUCAAUUAUAUGUGGUCACAACAUUCAAAAAGCACGCGGCCGAGUUCGUACAUGCAUGCAGAGAACAUCGAUGGACACCACGUGAGAUGAAGUUCACCGACGGCGGGAGGGACGCUGAAGAGGCAGAGCUGCGCAAGCUAGAGAAGGAGGAAAGGAAGACUUGGGGCGAGGCAUUGCGGUUGGGUCGCACUGGUUAUAGUGAUGCUGUUAUGGCUUGGAUACAUGUGCUCACACUGCGAGUGUUUGUCGAAACGGUGCUCAGAUAUGGCUUGCCGUUGGCAUAUGUCUGCGGCUUGAUCAAGACCACGCCAAAGUUGGCAAAGAAAGCCAAGCUUGCGCUCGACAAUCGCUUCUCAGAUCUCGGUGGCAACGCGGUCAGUCGCGAUAAGAAAGGCCGACCAAAACAAGACGAUAGCUCCAUGCAACAGGAAUUGGCAGGCGCAGGCCUGGGUGGCGAUCAAGGCUUCGAGCCUUAUGUCUUCUACGAAUUCGAGAUCAUAUAGCGACGUCUCGGGUGAUGGACAAUCAUACCUUAAUACGAGGAAAUCGAAGAGCUUCACAGCUCUAUGCUCUGUAACGCCAAAUUCCAAAUUUUUUCUGAC